AUGUUCGGAAAUGAUAUUGAUUCAAGAGAAGACUCUCUCCAGAUGUUUCGAUCCUACUAUAUUAUAAACGCAUAUGUCAAACUACUGGAUCCUAAAUAUAAAACUGAGUCGCAUGAAUACCAAUGGAUUAUAAAUGCAAAAACAAUCAUCGAAGAGAUUCCAGAAAAUGAACAACAAGUAGAGAUGCCAAAGUACAACCUCAUUCCCAUUAACGAGUUGGAUGCUUAUAAAGAUUCAAUUGCAGAAAUAGAUCUCUUAGCAGUUGCUCUUCACAUCAAACCUCCAAAAGAAAUAACAUUAACAAAUGGACCAGCUACUCUUCAAGAAAUCUAUGUUAUAGAUCAAAGCUUCAAUCCUAUCUCGUUGACUAUGUGGGGACGUUUUGUUCAAGACGAAUGCAAAAAAAUUUCUGAAAUAAUCGAAACAAAACCAAUUCUACUUGCAACAAAGCUCAAAGUUCGUUCUUACAAUGGACUAUCUCUUUCAUCUCGACCAGCAAGUGCAUUUACAAUCAAUCCUGUUAUCCCUGAAGCAAAACUGCUACAAAGAUGGAUUGCAAUCAAUGAUUCAAGACUUGAAGUCAUAAUUGCAAAAUCAUUAAAAUACCCAUCUACAUCUUUAUCGUCAGUUGGUAUUCGACAAAUAACAAAAAAUUGUGAUGUUGCUGCAUUACUAAAAAGUUUGCAACCAAUGGAGGCAAAGAUAAAUAUCAUAAAUUUGGACCAAAUCUUCUUCUAUAUGUCAUGCAUCAAUUGUAACAAAGGAACUGGGCAUGACCAUGAUGAAAGCUUUCUCUGUUACCACUGCAAACAUCAAAGUGUUGCUGAACCACGUUGUCGAGCAUAUGUUGAAGUUGAUGAUGGGACAGGAAAAUUAGCAGCUGUUAUAUUCGGUGAACUUGCAGAACAAGCAUUGGGUCAUUCAGCCAUUGAUUUCAUGAAUCAUACUGGAGAGAAACUUAUGAAUCCUAAAAACUUAAAUCUUUUGUCGAUGUUUGUGAGCUUUUGGAGAACCUCUGGAUUCAAGGGCCCUAGUUCAUCGCCGGCGCAUCAGAAAAGGGUCCCAAAUCCAUGA